AUGACCGUUCAAUUUUGCCCCAUGAAUACGCACUAUCUGAGUGGGUUUUGGCAGAUCAUUGUUCUCAAUGUGCUGCAUUGCUCUUUCUGCAACAAGCGAAGCCAGUCCUUCCUCAUCAGCUACUUGCCACCAGGGCUGAGACUUCCUCUCUUGUUCCCAAGGUGGAUCCAUCUCAUAGCAUGCCUUCUUUGGUUUCUUUGGAAACAAAGGAUCAAAAGUUUUGAAGUCCAUAACCUCUUUAUCCUCAUGAAGGAAGUCAUUCGGAUUUCCUCUGCAUUUGAGACUCGUUUGAGGGCACCCUUCGCAAGGUGCUUCAGAUGUUUGCUUCAUAAAAGCCGUCGAAACCAUCCAUGGCAGCUCAGAAGGGCACUCACUCUUCUUUGUGUUUAUGUCGUCAAGCGUAGAGAUUGGCGAGAAACUGUCCACUUUCUUGGCAGUGGCUUCUCCGCCCAUGUAAUUCAGAUGGUCACCAGAAAGCACCUUGUGGCACCCGAAAUUGGGCUGCAGCUGAAGAAACCAGGCAUCUAUCGGCUGAUUGGAGUUCAUCGGGUUCCAGUUCAAAUGCAUGAAAUUCGGGAUGUGGCAGUCUCGCGGACUGGUGGGGUUCCCGCUGUUUGCUUCAUGCUGUUGCAUUGUCGGUGGACAGCAGGCCAAUUUUGGAGCUCUCUUUGCAUCCUCCUGAAACAAGCAGCGGUUGGCAGCCCGUUGCCAAGCAGCUCUCGCUUCUGCCGCCGCCAUCAGUCUCGCAUGUCAAAAGUCUGCCUGCACAUCAGCAAGUUGACCAUCAGCAUUAGCUCAUACUUUUUGUUUCAAAGUGAAAAUAGUAGUGUAUCAGCAAAACGCUCUCCCUUUAAGAGAUGA